GACGCUUGCGAUGAAAAAAAAAAAAAAAAAAAGCAACGAGAAAAUGAAACAAGAACUGACGACGAUGACUCGUAACUAAAUUCUUUUAAAUUGAAAACAGAAAAAAGUAUUAAAACGUCACAAAAAAGUACAAAACAGAGUCAAGAUUACAUCAAGUCGAGGGAAGAGAAUCGAGAAAUUGGAUAAAAUUUUAAGAAAUACGUUCAAAUUUUUAAAAUUUUAUUGUAAGAAUGCCAUAUUAUAUGCAUGAUAUCAAUCCAGAUCCUUCUCCUGCCAUUGUAUCAAUUCAGCAUCUUUCUACAAAUGAAUUAAAAGAAUUACUUCAUGAUGAAAAUAAAAUUGAAAACCUUAUCAGAGAUUUACAACAGGUAAAACAUGAAGAAUCAGAAAAAGAGAUGAUAAUGGCCAGCAACAAAAGUUUGGCCGAAUUUAAUCUUUCACAACAACCGGAAAUUGAUAAAUUAUGCCGAAAUCUAAGCCUGACAUAUGCCGAAGCAAAGGAGUUAAAGGAGGAAGCCAUUCAAAACAAAGCUCAGUUAGAUGAAUUAUCUAAGCAAACAUCAUUGGAUACUACUCUUGCAUUACUUCAGACAGCAACUGCUGAAACUGAAGAAGAAUCUGAGAAACUUGCAGAAAGUUUUUUGGAUGGAGAAUUAUCUGUGGAAAUCUUUUUAGAGCAGUUUUUAGAAAAGAGAAAACUGUCACAUUUAAGAAGAAUCAAAGCAGAGAAGAUGGCCGAACUGUUACGGCAUAUCUCCACGCAGUCGGCAGUCUCCACUCCUAGGAGACCAGCACCUCCCGCACCAAACAGAAGACUGGCACCCACGCCACCACAAUAUCCACCCAGACCCAUGCCGAUGCCGAUGCCGAUGCCAGCACCCAGUUUUGUAAAUCCAUAUCCUCCACAGUAUCAAUCAUAUCAACCUCCCUACCCUGUCGGCCCACCUAUGGCCAUGCCUCUACCACAAUACAGGUAGCUUAUAAACUACAUAAGGUCAAUUUGUCAUUCAGAAACUUUACAGAGACUUAGAAUGAUCAUUUUUGGCACGUGAAGAUUGAAAAAAAAUUUGCCUUAGAAACGAUUGAACGUGUUUAUUGCUGUUGGAAAAUUAACUCCCUUUAUCUAAUGAAGAAUUCUCAAAAGAAUGUUUUUAAAAAAUGUAAAAUUAAUUCACAAUUUAAAUACUACUAAAGUUUGAGUUGUGAGAUUUAAAAAUAAAAAUUUUCUUGAGCAUCUAGAUUGAACAUUAAGAUUUAUUUAAGUUUACAAGCUCUUUUAACUCAGUUUAAUGUGCCAUUUUCCUCUCGUGUUUUUGUAAAAUAAAUUCAGUAAUCCCUAAAUGUUCUUGAAAAUAAAAUAUAAUAAUCAGUAAUACUUUCCACAUUUGUGUCUACAUUGAAUUACUAUUAUUUAAAUGGGAGAUUGAACCUUUAUCAAACAACAACACUGCUACAGAUAUGAGGUAUCUCUCGCUAGACUUGUAACAGAUUUGUCAAAUAUAAAAGUCACUUAUGCCAUUGUAUUUGGUUACUAAGAGCUAUAUCAUUUGAUGAUAAUUAGAUUCACUUUACAAUACCCAGUAUCAAUAAGUUUUUCUUUUUUUAAGUAACUUUUUAACCGAAUGCGCAAAACAAAUUUUGUGCCAAUUUAUAUCAUUAGUAGAAAUUUCCUUGCAUUCAGUUAUUUUAAUGCAUUUUAAGUUGUUAAUGCCAAAAUAAAUCCAAGAUUUUGUAAAAAAAAAUGAAAAAAUGGAUUAAUGAUGCCAUUCAAAUAAAGCCUUUCAAUUGUUC